AUGACCCACCAACAACCACGAUCAACACUCCAGUUCCGCAACCUCGUGCAUCAACGAGCUCGCCAGAACGAGCCUCUUUCAAACGAAGAGGUUGCCCAGAUUACUCGUGAAUCGACGGAAUUAGCUGGCGUUGACCCGGCACCCGGAGACCCAAACCAAUCGCAGUGGCUCGAAUCUGCAAACAACGUGCUACACGAAAAGCCAGCUAGUGCAAUAACUAAACAAGAUGCCAAGAAUAUUCAUCGACAGGAGGUUAGUUUUGAAUUUGCCCUACUUUUGAACGAGACCUGGGGAUUAUGA